UCGUACAUGCAGGAAAAUUGCUUGCGAGAAAAAGUAAAAAACACAAAAAAGCGUGUAUCCGUGAAAUUUUCGUUCUUUGGAAGUUAAAAAAACUUGAAAAUUAGCGUGCAGUACAUCGAGAAAUGGCUGACGUAUUCGAUUUGGAGGACAUCCAUCCGGUUGGGGAGUCUGGCCAAAAACAUCAUGGUUCAGACAACGAAGAUCCCAUAGAGAUUGACGACAUAGAUUUGGAACCCGAAUUGCACAUCCACAAUCAGGAGAUAACCGAGGGCUCAGAGUCCUUCGAGAUUAAUGAGGAUUUCGUGAAUCCGGGACGCGCAAAGGUCGGCCCGCAAGACUUUGAACUAAAAAAGGUGCUUGGAAAAGGUGGCUACGGCAAGGUUUUUCAAGUGCGUAAGACAACGGGGCAGGAUGCUAACACAAUUUUCGCGAUGAAAGUGCUGAAGAAGGCGAGUAUCGUGCGAAAUCAAAAAGACACGGCACACACGCGUGCAGAACGAAACAUUUUGGAGGCCGUCAAACAUCCGUUUAUCGUCAAGUUGGUGUACGCGUUCCAAACGGGUGGCAAACUAUACUUAAUUUUAGAAUAUUUGAGUGGUGGUGAAUUGUUUACGCAUUUAGAGAGAGAAGGAAUAUUUUUAGAAGACACAACAUGCUUUUACCUCUGCGAAAUAAUGCUGGCAUUGGAGCAUUUACACAGCCUAGGGAUCAUUUAUCGCGACUUGAAACCAGAAAAUGUGCUUUUAGACGCCGAGGGGCAUGUCAAGCUAACGGACUUUGGACUGUGUAAGGAGCACAUCCAGGAGGGCAUUGUCACACACACGUUUUGUGGCACGAUCGAGUACAUGGCACCGGAGAUCCUGACACGCAGUGGCCACGGCAAAGCCGUCGAUUGGUGGUCCCUGGGUGCGCUAAUGUUCGACAUGCUGACGGGAUUACCACCGUUUACGGCGGAAAAUCGCAAAAAGACGAUCGAAACUAUCCUAAAGGGCAAGCUGAAUUUGCCAGCCUACUUGACCGCAGAAGCUCGCGACUUGAUUCGACGCCUUAUGAAACGACAAGUGUCACAACGACUUGGCAGCGGGCCGGCAGACGGUGCGGAGAUACGUGCGCAUCCCUUCUUCAAAAACGUCAAUUGGGAAGAUGUGAUUGCGCGUCGCUUGGAUCCGCCCAUCAAGCCAAUUCUCAAGAGUGACGACGACGUUUCGCAAUUCGAUACAAAGUUCACGCGACAUAUCCCCAUUGAUUCGCCCGACGACUCAAACCUCAGUGAAAGUGCCAAUUUAAUUUUUCAGGGAUUCACGUACGUUGCGCCAUCCGUGCUAGACGAGAUGUCAGCGACGAAAAUUGUGACUGCCAGAUCGCCAGGCAGGAUGAUGCAUCCGCGUCAUUUGGCGUUCGCGCAACGAAAUACGCCGCACGGACAUCACUUGCAUGAUCCGCAUCACCAUCCAACGACAAGCAGUGGCCUCCAUUUGCAUCCGCAACAACAACAUCAGCAGCUUCCUAAUCCGCAAACGACAACGACUCAGACGACUUUACAAACACACCAGCAACAACAACAACAACAGCAACAAAACAACCAAUCACACCAGCUACCGUUAAUGCAGCAACAACUGCCUCCACAUUUGCAACAAUUUGCUCCAAGAAAUUCACCUCAGGACGAAAUGAUGGAUGUUCACAUUGUAUAGCCUCAGACAGAGCAGUAGUUUACCAUUUUAGUGAUUAUUAGUGGGUUUAUAUAUUGCAGAAGAAGAGGGACACCCUUCUCUCUCUUAUACUUUUAUUAAAUAUUUUUGUUCUUCAACAUUUUUUUU